AUGGGAACCCCUUCUUGUGGUAUUUCAAUCAACAUUUUCGGCCGCGGUGAUAUUGCCUUCGGCGAUGGGCCCUCUCACAUGGGAAUCGCCAUCUAUGAACUUGGCUCCUCAACAUGCGAAAUGUAUCACAUACGCAACCCAUCAGACGAAGUCUUCAUCUUUGACCCGCGGACACAGCCGAUGGAAGACUCGACCCUCAAAGGACGCUGCGAGCUGGUCUUACUCUCUUCACAACAGCAGCAACAUGCCGCCAGCCUGCUUUCUUUGUUCGGUGACGAUAAAUCAAAUAUUGCUGAGUUCGGCAUCGGAAAUUGUCAAGAUUGGGUUGCCGGUGCUGUUGGACUCCUCGAAGAGGCCGGUGUUUUUUCUCCUGGCGAGGGACAAUUCUGGAAGAGCAUGAUCAAUAGAAGAUCAGAGGAGAUGAAAAUCCAAUGUCUUCAGGCAGGCAAACAUUGGAUUGAUGGGCCAGAGUCAACCCACGAAGGGGAGCCUGAUGCAAGGUUUGCGGAUAAUCAGCGAGAUGAAAUGAAACCGAUUGGAAAGUUGACUCAGAACGAUGCAUUUCGAGCGCGAAUGCAAUCGCUUCUGGGUGCUAAUGGUGGCGGAGAGAACCAUCAAAAAGAGGAACCUGCGGGACGGUCUGUUUAUGUCUCUAGUCCUUUCUUUAGUAAGACGAAACAGGACGAGAGUUGA